AUGUAUGUAUGUGUGGUAUGAGAGAGGGAGGGAGAGAGAAAGAGAGAAAGACACACACACACACACAUCACACACAACAAAGAGCAUAAGAGCUAGAAUGACAUCGGGACAAUUGUGCGAGCUGGAUGGUGUGCGACGUAUAGUAUACAACGCGGGACGCGCGCUUUUCGGAGAGGAUGACAUGGAAGAGACUGGAGGGCAAAUAUCGAAUGUUGGUCAGCAAGUAGAUGGUUCAUCUGAUGCUGAAGAAUCUCAAAGAUUAGAAGAAGAUGACGAUUAUGAACCAGAAGAGCGAAAAAAGAAGAAGGGAAAAAAGCGGAAAGCACGUAGCGAAGAUAAGAAGGGAAAGAAAAAGAAGAAAAAGAAAAAAUCCGAUUCUGGGGAUGAAAGCGAUUUCGGAGGCGGUGAAGCAGGUGAUGCGGCUGGCGAGGAUAGCGACUAUGCGGUUAACAGAAAAAGCAGAAAAUCAUCGUCUAGAAAAUCCUCCAGUCAUAGCGCACCGACCACUCAGAGCCAAGAACCGACAACAGGCAUGCCCACAAUCGAAGAAGUGUGCAACACAUUUGGCUUAACAGAUGUACAAAUUGAAUAUUCUGAUGCUGAUUUCCAAAACUUGACAACAUACAAGCUGUUCCAACAACAUGUUAGACCACUUUUAGCAAAAGAAAAUCCAAAAGUUCCAAUGUCGAAACUUAUGAUGUUGGUGGCUGCAAAGUGGCGCGAUUUCUCUGAAUUAAAUCCACAUACACAACCAGAUGCGGAUGUCUCAUCAACAAAUAUUGACGAUGAUAGUAGAAAUGCUAGAGCGAAUCGAAGUGGUGCUAUGCAAGAAGCCGAGGACGAAGAAGAAGACGACGAGGAUAGCGAUAGGAAGAAAAAGUCUCGCAGCUCGAGAGCAAAAAAAGGCAAAAAAGCAUCGAAAGUUCCGACGCUUAAGAUUAAGCUUGGAAAACGUAAAAGAGGAAGCUCAGUAUGUGACGAGGAAGCGGAAGGUAGUGCAGCAGGCUCUGCGGCAGAUUCUGAUAUGGAAUUUGAGCAAAUGUUGGCCGAUGCGGAAGAGCCUUCUGGUGCCGAUGGCAACAAAGGCAACGUCGAUGAGAGCGGUGUUGAACCGCCGGCCGAGCCACCGGUUCGCAGAAAGGCGAAAACUAAAAUCGGCAAUAAAACCAAGAAAAAGAAAAAAACGAAAACUACUUCCAAAUUUCCGGAUGGAGAGGAAGGUCUCCAGACUGACCAUCAGGAUUACUGUGAAGUAUGUCAACAAGGGGGAGAAAUUAUAUUGUGCGACACAUGUCCCAGAGCGUAUCAUUUAGUAUGCCUAGAGCCUGAAUUGGAAGAAACACCUGAAGGGAAAUGGAGUUGUGCUCAUUGCGAAGGAGAAGGUAUUGCAGGUGCAGCAGAAGAUGAUGAUGAACAUAUGGAGUUCUGUAGAGUAUGCAAAGAUGGUGGAGAAUUAUUGUGUUGCGACAGUUGUACAAGUGCAUAUCACACACAUUGCCUGAAUCCUCCUUUAUCAGAGAUUCCUGAUGGUGAUUGGAAAUGCCCUAGAUGUUCUUGCCCACCACUAAGAGGGAGAGUGGCAAAAAUAUUAACUUGGAGAUGGAAAGAAUGCUCGGACACGCCAUCGGAGGAACCUUCUACAAGCAAAGCUGCGCCUAAGCAAAGAAAAAUGCGCGAAUUCUUCGUCAAAUGGGCGGAUAUGUCCUACUGGCACUGCGACUGGAUAACAGAAUUGCAGCUUGAUGUUUUUCAUCCACUUAUGUAUAGAAAUUAUUAUCGUAAAUACGACAUGGACGAACCGCCAAAGUUGGAGGAACCAUUGGAUGAGAGCGAUUCACGCGUGAAGCGUUUGAAAGAACAGGAUGGGGCUACCAACAGGGACGAUUACAAUUUGGAGGAACGUUUUUAUCGUUAUGGUGUACGUCCAGAAUGGCUGGUGGUUCACAGAGUGAUUAAUCAUCGAUUACAAAGAGAUGGCAGGGCGACGUAUCUCGUGAAGUGGAGAGAACUCGGUUAUGAUCAGGCGACGUGGGAAGAUGAACACGAGGACAUCCCUGGCUUGAAACAGGCGAUAGAAUAUUAUCUAGACUUGAGAGCUGCAAACUGUUGCGAUGUUAAUUCAUCACGUAAAGGAAAAAAGGGUAAAGGAAAGAAAUCGAAAACGCGCGAGCUAAUUGAUGACGAGGAAAGGACUCCAAAACGAUACACACCACCACCAGAUAAGCCUACAACUGAUCUCAAGAAGAAAUAUGAGAGACAGCCAGAAUAUUUGGAUCAAACUGGAAUGCAAUUGCAUCCCUAUCAAUUAGAGGGCUUAAACUGGUUGAGAUAUUCAUGGGGCCAGGGCAUAGAUACAAUCUUGGCCGACGAAAUGGGUCUGGGAAAAACUAUUCAGACUAUAACAUUCUUGUAUUCCUUAUAUAAGGAAGGCCACUGUAAAGGGCCCUUUCUGGUCUCUGUUCCCUUGUCGACUAUCAUUAAUUGGGAACGUGAAUUUGAGACUUGGGCACCUGACUUUUAUUGUGUCACUUAUGUUGGAGACAAAGAUAGUCGUAUCGUGAUUCGGGAAAAUGAAUUGUCAUUUGAAGAAGGCGCUGUGCGUAGCGGACGCGCUUCCAAAAUCCGGUCAUCAUCAAUCAAGUUUAAUGUUUUACUUACUAGCUAUGAACUUAUUUCUAUAGAUUCGGCAUGUUUAGGCUCAAUUGAUUGGGCAGUUUUAGUCGUGGACGAAGCUCACAGAUUGAAAUCUAAUCAAUCCAAGUUCUUCAGAUUACUAGCUUCUUAUAAUAUUGCAUAUAAACUUUUACUAACCGGUACACCACUGCAGAAUAAUUUGGAGGAAUUGUUCCACUUGUUAAAUUUCUUAUGCCGCGACAAAUUCAAUGAUCUAGCGGCGUUCCAAAACGAAUUUGCUGAUAUAUCGAAAGAAGAACAAGUCAAAAAGCUACAUGAGAUGCUUGGUCCACAUAUGUUAAGGAGAUUAAAAGCUGAUGUACUGAAGAAUAUGCCUAGCAAAUCUGAGUUUAUUGUACGUGUCGAAUUAUCACCAAUGCAAAAGAAAUACUACAAAUACAUAUUAACAAGAAACUUUGAAGCUCUGAAUCCAAAAGGAGGUGGUCAACAAGUAUCAUUACUAAAUAUAAUGAUGGAUCUCAAGAAAUGCUGUAAUCAUCCGUACUUGUUCCCCGCCGCAUCGCAAGAAGCACCGACUGGACCGAAUGGAAGUUAUGAAACAUCUGCAUUGAUUAAAGCGGCUGGCAAAUUGGUUUUAUUGAGCAAAAUGCUCAAGAAAUUGCGAGAUGAUGGACAUCGAGUUCUUAUAUUUUCUCAAAUGACCAAGAUGUUAGAUAUUCUUGAGGAUUAUUUGGAAGGUGAAGGAUACAAAUACGAAAGAAUAGAUGGUAAUAUAACGGGUUCGCAACGUCAAGAGGCUAUCGAUAGAUUUAACGCUCCUGGUGCGCAGCAAUUUGUCUUCUUGCUAUCCACGCGUGCUGGUGGUUUAGGUAUCAAUUUAGCGACAGCUGAUACUGUGAUUAUUUAUGAUUCUGAUUGGAAUCCGCACAAUGACAUCCAAGCAUUUAGUAGAGCUCACAGGAUAGGCCAAGCCAACAAAGUUAUGAUCUAUAGAUUCGUCACACGUAACUCUGUGGAAGAAAGGGUAACACAAGUAGCCAAGCGCAAAAUGAUGCUCACUCAUUUAGUCGUACGACCGGGCAUGGGCGGCAAAGGCGCCAACUUUAGUAAACAGGAACUUGACGAUAUCUUACGUUUUGGUACGGAAGAAUUGUUCAAAGAAGAAGAAGGCAAGGAGGACGAAGCUAUACAUUACGAUGACAAAGCUGUUGCUGAAUUGUUAGAUAGAAGCAAGGAAGGCAUUGAACAGAAAGAGAAUUGGGCCAAUGAGUACUUAAGUUCUUUCAAAGUUGCCUCAUAUGUGACGAAGGAAGGUGAGACAGAGGAAGAAGCGGAUACUGAGAUAAUAAAACAAGAAGCGGAGAAUACAGAUCCAGCAUAUUGGAUUAAACUGCUUAGACAUCAUUACGAACAACAACAGGAGGAUAUCGCUAGAACACUUGGAAAAGGCAAACGAGUACGAAAACAAGUUAAUUAUACCGACGGUGGUGUAACUGGUGAUCAAGGCGCCAGAGAUGACCAACCAUGGCAAGAAAAUCUAUCAGAUUAUAAUAGUGACUUUAGUGCGCCCAGCGACGACGAUAAAGAGGAUGACGAUUUUGAUGAGAAAGGAGACGGAGAUUUAUUGUCUCGUAGAAGUAGACGAAGAUUGGAGAGACGCGACGAAAAGGACAGACCUUUACCACCUCUACUUGCCAGAGUAAAUGGAAAUAUCGAAGUAUUAGGUUUUAACGCUAGACAACGGAAAGCAUUCCUCAAUGCAAUUAUGCGCUAUGGAAUGCCACCACAGGAUGCUUUCAAUUCUCAAUGGUUGGUACGCGACUUGCGUGGUAAAUCUGAGAAGAAUUUCAAAGCCUAUGUUUCGCUUUUUAUGCGACAUCUUUGCGAACCAGGUGCCGAUAAUGCGGAAACAUUUGCUGACGGUGUUCCGAGAGAGGGUCUUAGUCGACAGCAUGUACUAACAAGAAUCGGCGUGAUGUCCUUGAUUAGAAAGAAGGUUCAAGAAUUUGAACACAUCAACGGCUAUUAUUCGAUGCCGGAAAUGAUACGCAAACCAGUGGAACCUGUAAAAGUGGAAGGAGUCGGAGAUGCAACGACUGGUACUAGUAGUACCAGUGCUACACCGGCUACCUCAAAUGCCCCUAGUCCUAGCCCUGCUGCUACGCCUACCCCUACUUCAAUCUCUGGUACGAGCAACGAAAUUAACAAAACAAAUUCCGAUUCUUCGGAAACUAAAGAAUGUCGAGAUGAAUCCAAGGAUAAAGAGGGUAGCGAUAUGAAAGAUUCGAAGGAAGACCUGAAGAAAGAAGAUGAUGAAACGAACUCCGAGAAAGAUAAGGAAAAGGAAGAUGCUAAAAAGGAUGAAAAGGAUACUGAAACGGAUAUCACAGAAAAGGAGAAGGAUAAGUCUGACACGAAAGAGGAAAAGACAAAGCACGAUGAUAAGAUGGAGAACAGUGAAAAUAAAAUGAAAUCGGAACCGGAAGAAGAUGUCGUUAUUGUCAAGGACGACGAGGAGGAAGUUGAGAAGAAAGAGGAGAAAGAUAAAGAAAAAGAUGUAAAGGACUGUGAUCCAGAUAUGGUAAAGCCUAAGCGUAAGUUUAUGUUUAAUAUAGCUGACGGUGGAUUUACGGAAUUACAUACACUUUGGUUAAAUGAAGAGAAAGCCGCUGUGCCGGGCCGCGAAUAUGAUAUCUGGCAUCGCCGACACGAUUAUUGGCUUCUAGCUGGUAUCGUCACUCAUGGUUACGGGCGCUGGCAAGAUAUACAAAACGAUAUUCGAUUUGCAAUUAUCAAUGAGCCAUUUAAGAUGGACAUGGGAAAAGGCAACUUUUUGGAAAUAAAAAAUAAAUUUUUAGCAAGGCGUUUUAAACUAUUAGAACAAGCGUUAGUAAUAGAAGAGCAGUUGAGGCGAGCCGCUUAUCUGAAUCUUACGCAAGAUCCUAAUCAUCCUGCCAUGAGUCUUAAUGCGCGUUUUGCUGAAGUCGAAUGUCUUGCCGAAUCCCAUCAACAUCUUAGCAAAGAGAGCCUUGCUGGUAAUAAACCGGCAAAUGCUGUGCUGCAUAAGGUGUUAAAUCAGUUAGAAGAAUUGCUUUCCGACAUGAAAUCGGAUGUUAGCCGUUUGCCGGCGACAUUGGCUCGCAUUCCACCAGUUGCUCAGAGACUCCAGAUGUCUGAGAGAUCUAUAUUGAGUCGAUUAGCGGCAACGGCACCUGGCGGUAGCACUUCUCAGACGGGCCAAGCCGCAUUGCUGGCGCAACAAUUCCCGGCCGGUUUCUCCGGAGGACAGUUGCCGGCCACUUUUGCGGGUGCAGCUAAUUUCGGAAACUUCCGACCACAAUACUCAGUACCCGGGCAACCACCGCAAGGAUUUACAGCCUGAAUAUUAAGUGCUGGAACACAAUGGCUCAAACAAGGACUAAAAAUAGCGCAAAUCGAACUGUCCCGCGAGAUAAUCGUUUUGCGCUGUAAUAUUAUUUUUCGUAAAUUGCAGUUUUUAGCUGAAUUUUUCUAGAAAAAGGAUACGAGGCGAUUUCCAAGUGCGUAAAAACAUAAUACUUUAUAAAUUACGAGUUGCAUUACUUCUGUAUUUAUUAUGUGUACAUUCGGCAUCUAGAUUCAAGAGUUUACAUUCUCUGUAUUUAUACAUACGUUCUUUACAUAGGAAAUAACGUAGGUUAUUUUCUUAAGAUUCUCUUUUAAGGAUAUAUGAUUUAUACAUCCCGUUUAGCUUUUAAUGUAUCGCACAUGUAAGAGUACCGGAGUACAUUAUUUACUUAAGUCUAUUUAAGACCUUUUAAUUCAAUGCAAAUCUCCAUGUCGUUACCUUUAAGGUGCGCUAAUUCAAAUAAUUUGUCACUUGUAAUUUAUUUAUGUCAAAUUUUUGCGACAAUAGAUUACGUGUAAGCGCGGUAACUUUUACAACAUUUACACACGGUAUUUUAAGGGUCGCGGUUUAUUUUAAUUUGUACGUUCACUGCAAGUGAACGACGGCAAUCAGAUUAGGUCAAGACUGACAUUUGACAAGUAGUUGAGAGAACCUUACUCGCAUAAUAUGCACUAUCGUAAUGCAUGGGUAUAAUUUCGAUACGAUGCAGUUUCCCUAUGUUUCAGUUAUUUUAAUUAUUCAUUAGAAUAAUUUGGAGAAUUACCUCGCGCUUUUGAUAAGAAAGAAUGAUGAUUGCCUAAAGUUUUUCUUUAUUUUUUUGUGAGUGCGUUUUUAUUAUGUUAGAAAAAGAGUGAGUCUUUUUAUUUUCUUUGGGAUGAACAGAUUUGUUUUAUACUAAAAUUUAAGCCCCACGUCAUAUAGCUUUGUUGAUGUUCGCAUAGUUGAAAAUAAGUGUAGAAGCUAUCUUUAAUUAUACACAUAUGACACCGAUAAUAUCUCUGUACAUAAUAUUAGAUCAUCAUAUUUAUAAAAAAAAAUCAUCCGAUAAUAUACGAUUUGCAACAUACUAAACUUGUAAAUUUAAGACACCAGCCGUGCCCCAUGCAUUACUGUAGAGUAAACUAAUGUGAUCAUGCAACAAAAUUUCGACGAUUUUAAGUAAGCAUAUGCGUGUAUUGUUCAAUCUUUUUCUACCCUGUUUCAAAAAUUAUAAAGAACCACUUUACUUUUUCGUUAAUAAACUUGCCAAAUUACUGCUUUUGGCAUAGCUAAGUUUCUAAGAUUAGGUUUUAGAAUUUAGCUAUGGAAUUUGGAAGACGAUUUGAGAUACGCGAAAUGGAGUGAAUGGAAUAUUAUUAAAAAGAUAAAAAAAAGAAUCGGUUUGUGUAUGUAUUAGAUCUACUGGAAUAAAUUAAUAAUAAUUAAAA